UCAAAGCUGCGCUCAGUUCGGUUCGAUCAUUCGUCGCAACAAGUCUAGUAAAGUCAGCGCGCUUCACACACAGCGCAGUCGAGAGUCGAGGGUGGCGCAGUGCAUGGCCCAGUCUCCGUCUCCGUCUUCGUUUUCGUUUUCGUCUUCGUAUUUCUCUAACCAACGGUAAAAAGGGCGCGCGAGUGCAUUUAACUCGGAGCAUAAAUUUACAAAAAGUAAUUGUCGCUCAUUUUUGGUGACACUCGCGACUCGCGCUUAUUUAUAUGCAUGUGUAGAAUUGUAUGUCCAAUCGAACUUAUUAUGAUUUAUUAUGCAAUUGGCCUUUGCUAAGUAAAGAGUCAAAUUGUGAGUGUUUUUUUCUGUAAUGCGCCGAAGAAACGAAAAGAGCGAAAUCCAAGGAAAAGUGAAGCCAUCCAACCACAAUUGGCACGGCACUAAAAAGCCGUUUUAAAGCAAAAACAAAUACAAAAAAUAGCAAUAAAUACAAUAAUAACAAAUACAAACAAAAAGUGUAGCUGAAUUUAAGGCAUGUCGCAGAUAAAGAUGGCGGCUGCAGCGACUGCGUCUCCGUCUGGGUCCACGGCGAAUAUUUGCGUCAGCUGCGCACGCCAGCGUCAAAGUCGACGCUGCGUCGGCGCCGGCGCAGCUGGAGCAACCGGCUGCAAUGCUAUAAUGCAAAUUUAUAGCGCUUGGGCGCUGCUCACGCUGCUGGCGGCCAGUGCUGCCUAUGUGCAGAGUGCAGCUGUUUCCUUUGGUGAUCUGCUGUCGCAUCCCACCUUUAAGCCGCUGUGCAGCGUUCAGCACGAGCAUUUCAUCGAGAGCGAUGGCAAAGAGUCUAGUCUGAUUAUUGAACUGAAGCCGGGCAGCUAUGGCGCCCAGCACAAGUCCUGCUCCCGCAUAUUGAGCGCCCCGCCCAGCUAUGGAUUCAUUGUGCGCCUCAUUCUGCCCAAGCUGCGCCACACCCAGCGCACCGACAAUGCCAGCAACAAUCCCCCGGCUGCCGCCAACUCCAACAUUAUGCCCGCUUUGGUCAGCGCAAACAAACAGUCGCAGUUGCUGCUAAAUGCGACUGCAGCAGCAGCAGCAGCAGCAGCAGCAGCAGCAGCGUCAAAUGCUGCCUCCUCCUCUGCCAUUGUUGUGGGACGCACCUGUCCAUUGAAUAUUUUCAGCUCGUUGGAUCCGCAUACGGCGCAAUGGCGCGUCGAUCCCUGCCAGCUGGAAGAUACCGCCUCCGAAAUGGAGGAUCCGGUACGUUUGUUCCAUGGCCGCGUGAGGAUCGUGUGGGAGCACGGAAUGCAUGCACUCAAGUCCAAGCUGAUGGUCACGGUGCUGGGCAAGGGCGAGCAGUGCAAGGAUGUGAGCAAGCAUCAGUGCCUGAAGAUUGGCGACGAGCCCAUUCUGUGCAUCUCCAAGGAGCUGGCGUGCGAUGGCAUACGCCAUUGCCCGUACAGCAAUGAGUACGACAGCGACGAGGACUACGAGCUGUGCUAUAAGCAGCGUCGUCCUGGCGCCGGCACGCUGCCCUCUGCGCUGGAGUCUGAUCUGUUUGAGCAGUUCGCCUUGGAGGUGUUUCGCAAUCUGUUUGCCUACGAUGCGCCCACAUCGCCGGAGGAUAUGCCGCAGCGCAAUGGCAGCGCCGGCGAAACGGAAGCAGCAGCAGCAGCAGCAGCAGCAUCAGCGGGAGGAGCAACAGCAGCAGCUGGCGUCAAUAGCAAUUCGACAACGCAGCUGCGUAAAGUGCACACCAAAGACAUGAAGAAGCCGGACCCAGGCUCGCCCAAUGCCAUCGGCACUCAGUUCGCCACCGAGGUGGAUGGCAAGGCGCAGGAUAAUGGCACCAUGGAGAACGGCAUUGUAAAUGGCAGCGGUGCUGGCAGCGGCUUCACCAGGCGCAACUCCACACGCAGCGGACUCCACUCGGACCUGUCCAAGUACGGGCCGUGGGGCUAUCUAAUGCUCGGCAUGCUGCUCUGCGGCGGCGCGCUGCUCAUCUGCGGCCUCUGGGUUUCCUGUUGUCGCUUGAGCUCUCACAUUCAAUCCAUACGUACACUUACAGCUUCCGCAUCGCAGCACGCUGUCAACAAUGAGCGCGAGGCAGCGCUGGCCGCAGCCAAUGGAGCUGGCAUGGAUCCAAGCAGCGCCACAUCGCCGCCCAACUACGAGGAGCUGGAUCCGCCACCGGCAUAUUCCGUGCUCUUUCCCAAUCAGAAGGCCGCCAGCAGCAAUACGCUUAAUGCGCUUGAUGGUGCGGUCGCUAGCACAACAGCGGCAGCGGCAGCGGCAGCAGCAGCAGCGGCAGCGGCAGCAACAGCAGCAAUAGCACCAGCAACAGCCACAGGAGCAGCUGCAGCAACACUAGCAACAACAACAGCAGCAGAACAAUCACAGCAGCCACAGCAAUCAGGAGACGAGCCAGCAGCAGCAACAACAACAACAACAACAAUAAACUAGCUCUAAGCCUGACAUUAAGGUCGCCUUCAAUGGGGCGCAUCUGGCAAAGUAGUUUAGGUUUUAGGUUCCAACUUCUUUGACUGACUCUGAUGCAAUUAGUUUAGAAAAACAAGUUAUUAGUUUUAGUCCCUAAUUGUAACUAUAUGUUUAAUGUUUAACUAGCUAUGUACGUAUAACUGGUCAAGCCGAUUUGCCCC